CUGACCUUCUGACGAAGCUUCCCCAUGGCUGACUGGGGUCGGCCGCGCUCAGCCGGCCAGAAGGCCCGGGGUCCCCGCGCCUCCCGGAAAGCUGCAGGUACUAAAGAGACAAGUGUUUUGAAACAAGAAGAUGCGUUUAAAAGGAAAACAGAACUAGAAGCAGCUGUGAAAAAGAAGAUUGAGUUUGAGAGAAGAGCUCUACAUAUUGUUGAACAACUUUUAGAAGAGAAUAUUACAGACGAAUUCCUAAUGGAAUGUGGGAAGUUCAUCACACCUGCUCACUACAGUGAUGUCGUGGAUGAGCGUUCUAUUAUCAAACUCUGUGGUUAUCCUUUGUGUCAAAAGAAGCUGGGAAUUGUACCAAAACAGAAGUAUAAAAUUUCUACCAAAACAAAUAAAGUCUAUGAUAUUACUGAAAGAAAGUCUUUUUGCAGCGAUUUUUGUUAUAAAGCAUCCAAGUUUUUUGAAGCACAAAUUCCCAAAACUCCAGUAUGGGUUCGAGAAGAAGAGAGGCAUCCCGAUUUUCAGCUGCUGAAGGAAGGACAAAGUGGCCAUUCAGGAGAGGAAGUACAGUUAUGCAGUAAAGCCAUUAAAACAUCAGAUAUUGAUAAUCCUGGUCAUUUUGAAGAGCAAUAUGAAUCUAGUUCUUCUAGCACUUGUAGUGAUUGUACCAGUGAUAAUGAGCAAGACUUUGUUUCCUCCAUUCUACCAGGAAACAAACCAAAUGCAAUGUGUACAAGGCCACAAUUACACCAAAAAAGCAAAAUGAAAAAGCAAGUUGGUGAAAAAGCUAACUCCAAACACAGAGACAAAGAACAGACAGUAGUAGAUGUCACUGAGCAGUUAGGCAGUUGCAGAUUGGAUUGUCAGGAGAAAGCUGCUGAUUGUGAAUUUCCUUUACAGAAAGUAAAUACUCAGAUUUCUUCAUAUAGUCCUUUGCAUGAAAGAUUAAAAGCUUCAGGAAAUUUUGAAAAUAAAUACAUGUCAGAAAUAACUUUUGUUGGCMUAAGUAAGAAAAGUGCUGAGCAUUUUAAGACCAAAUUUGCCAAAUCAAACCAAAUUUCUAAGUCAGCCUCUAGUUCCAUGCAGAUGUGUCCUGAAGUUGCAAAGACAAACUUACUUAAAAUUCUAAAACAGACUUUGAUUGAAUGGAAGACAGAAGAAACUUUGAAGUUUUUGUAUGGCCAGAAYUAUGCUUCUGUGUGUCUGAAACCCUCUCCAGCCUCUCUGGUUAAUGAAGAACUUGAUGAAGAUGACAUAAACUCUCACCCAGAUAGCCAUUCCCCUGUUUUGGUGGAAUCUCAGAAUAGCCUAGAUGAAUCUUUACCUUUCAGGGGCUCAAAUGCAGCCAUUAAACCACUGCCAAGUUAUGAGAACUUGAAAAAAGAAACUGAAACAUUAAAUCUAAGGAUCAGGGAAUUUUAUAGAGGACGAUAUGUUUUGAAUGAAGAAACCACCAAAUCACAAGACUUGGAAGAGCAUGAUCCCACCUUUCCACUGAUAGAUUCAAGUUCCCAGAACCAGAUUAGAAAACGCAUCGUUCUUGAAAAAUUGAGCAAAGUAUUGCCUGGACUUUUGGGUCCUCUUCAGAUUACAUUAGGAGAUAUUUAUACUCAACUUAAAAAUCUUAUUCGAACUUUCAGAUUAACAAAUAGAAAUAUAAUACACAAACCUGUGGAAUGGACUUUAAUUGCUGUGGUGUURCUGUCAUCUAUCGGAAAGAAGCACUUUUUGUUGUGGUCACAGUAUUCAGAAUAGUUUCUUUGAGAUUUUGACAGGCUAUUUUGAGAAGACUUUAUAGCUACAGGAUACCUCCCCUUAGUUCUGCCCCCAUCUCUCCUUUCCUUUUUCCCUUUGCUUUUAUUCUUCCUCAAUGUUCUUUGACCUCUGUCAUUAUUCUUGAGCCGUUAACAGAAGAGGAGAUUGCCAGUGCUGAAAAAUCUAGGGAAAGGUCCAGACCAAAACCAAAGAGAAGCCAUCAAGAAGCAGAUUGACUUGCCUGAGUUCCUCUGUGUGUAGCUCGAGUGCCAGAAAUGGGAAUCAAGUUUCUUCAAGAGGACUUGUAAUUAAAAUGUAACUUUUUUCACCUAAAUUUAAUAUGGAAACUUUAUAAAUAGACUACUACUUUUGAUUCUGGCAUGGGUGGCCAUGGAGAGAGAGAUGUGUUGCAUUCUAUGGGAAUUACUUAAAUUAUCUGAUGAAAGACAUGAGUACUUAUUUUGUAUUACUCAGAAAAGAUAGAGGGAAAGUGACUUGUAGUAGUCUAACAUUGAUACAUCUAUUCCUACUUUUAUGCCCUUGAUUCUCUCUAAUGGAAAGCUUUCAAGACUAUCUCCAAAAAUGUCCGCUUUCAUUUUAUUUAUCUGAACUGGCUGUUUCCAGUGAACUGUGGCCUGCUUCCUAGGCAGAGACCGUGCAAUAGUUUAUUCCCUCUAAAAGCUUUGUGUAUUCCUGUCGUUCAGGGAGUAGCAUGUAAGUCCUGGGAAAUGGUAUUUAAACAAACUCAACUUGACCAUGAUCACUAAACAAAAGCCAUCACUGGACACGGACAGCCACUUUCGGUAACCAUCAUACAGAUAGAUACUCUGGAGAGUCCCUUCCCUAGGGCUACCAGGCAUGAAUGGAAAGAUGUGACUAAGGCUUUUUACUUCAGCAUGCUAUUUUUUUAAAGGCUGCCCAUCACUAAUUUCCUCAUAAAAUUUGUGAACAYACCAUGAAAAAAUAAAGAGGUGGUUCCUUAGAAAUUUAUUGGUUCUUAGGAGUCUUCGUAAGUCUUUCUUUUAAUAUUCUAAAUUUAAUUUGGGGUAUUUGAGACCAUACUAAAAGAUAAUUAAAAUUAUGUUUUAUAGUUUCUUAUAUUUAUGGAAUCUCAUAAUUGAAUUUUAUUAAAACAAAAUUUACCAUUUUAUUGUAUAUGGUUCAACUGGUUUUUAGUAAAUUCAUUGUAUUGUGUAUUCAGUGCUAUCUAAUAACAAAACAUUUUCUAUCAUUCCAAAAGGAAUCUUUGUAUCAGAUGAGUUCCAGUUUCCCUUUCUCCCAUCCUCUGACAACUUACCACUCACUCUCUAUCUCUGUGGACUUUCCUA